AUGUCCGGGAUUCUAUGCGGGAUACGAUUCAAACAAAGAAUUCCGAAUUUGGACCUGGUCAUCUAUGAGAAGAAUUCCGAGGUCUCAUUUCAGUACACCUUCGAGAAUAAUCCCAACUGGUCUCACUUCUUCUCACCUGGUCCUGAGAUCGGCCGCUACUUCCAGAGCGUGGCAGAGAAGUACGGCAUGAAAUCAUUGGUAAAGUUUCACCACGUCUUCAAGUCCGCCCGAUGGCUUGAAGAAGAGGCUCAGUGGGAGGUUACCUUAGUGAACAUGACCGACGGCACUGAGUUUAAGGAUUAUUGCAAUGUCUUUGUUAAGGCAACAGGCAAUCUUAAUAAUUGGAUGUGGCCCAAGAUUGAUGGAUUGCACACGUUUCGAGGACCAUUGAUUCACAGCGCCAACUGGGACGAAAGUUUCGAUCCAAAGGGAAAGCGGGUUGCAGUGGUUGGGUACGGAGCUACAGCCGUGCAGCUUGUCCCAGCCAUCUUACCCGAAGUGCAGCAUAUGGAUCACUAUGUGAGGGGACAGGCUUGGAUCUCACCAGCAGGCUAUGUUGCUGCUGAUCCGAGAAAGGCUACUUCUGACAUUCAUAACUGCAAGUCUUGGAAAUUUGUUGAUUUUGACAUAGUCCCUUUCCCACCCGAAGAGCAAGAGCGAUUUGAGAAGUACCCGGUGGAGUACCUCAACUACCGGCACCAGGUUGAAAAUUUCGUCAAUAAGUUUCAGCUUGUCCAUUGGGUUGGAUCAGACAUGAACAGAAGCUUUUCGAAAGCCACGGAAGACUCGAUGUUGCGCAGACUGGCAACGAGACCAGAGAUAUUUGACGCCCUGAAGCCAACAUACCCGGUUCUCUGUCGCCGGGUUUCCCCAGGACCAAGAUACCUCGAAGCUCUGACAGAGCCCAAUCUGAACUUCAUUCCCCAAGGAAUCAGGAAGGUCACCGAAACUGGGAUAGUGGACGAUAUAGGAGUUUACAGAGAGGUCGAUGCUAUCAUCUGUGCUACUGGAUUCGACACAUCAUUGUCGCUCAAGGAAACCCCAAUCUUUGGCAGAGGCGGAGUAUCGCUCGACGACUUGUGGGAAGAAGAGCCCGGAGCUUACAUGUCAAUGUCUCCUCCGGAAAUGCCCAACUGCUUCUUCUUUGUUGGCCCUAAUGGCGCUCCUGGUGCGGGGUCAACGAUCCAGAUGAGUGAGGUAACUUGCGAGUACAUGAUAAAAUGUAUCCUGAAGCUGCAGCGCGAGAACCUGAAGUACAUGGUUCCAAAAAUCUCGGCUGUCAAAGCCUUUAUGAAGCAAGUUGACCGGUAUUUUGAGAAGACGACUUUUGCCUUCACGUGCAAUAACUGGGCCAAGAGAACAUCUAAUGGCAGGAUGUUGGGCUACUGGCCUGGAUCUGCUGUUCACCAACGUACCACAUUGAUGCAUCCCCGAUUUGAGGAUUUUGAGUACGUGUCAAAUGACGAAAACGAGGGUGAUAGUCUUGCGUGGAUGGGGAACGGCAUGAUCAUGGCACAAGAGAUGAACACAUCCACAACUGGGUAUCUUGAUCUGGUGGAUAAGCCUCCCGUAAUCGGCAAGCCAGCUGUCAGCCUCCCCCGGAACGACCACGAAGAUGUGAGGGGUAGGGGUCUAGAUAAUUUUGUCGAGCCGGCGAAAGUUCAAAUCCGUGUGGAAAACUGA